ACAAGUCACUUCUCCCAUCCCUGGUGCCCUUCCCUAUGAGUGUCAUUGAAGGACAUGCGCUUUGCCCUCAGUCAAAAUGGCUGCGUCCCGCUUAUUUUAUCAGCCAAUCAAAUCGCAACUUCACGUGAUGACGUAUGCAACAGCCAAUAGGAGCUGCGGAUACGACCUAAGCCCUGAACUACGUCGCUGGAACGCAGAACGAGGAAGUGCGCCAAGCGCUGCAUUUCUAUUGGCGUAAAGCUCAGAGGGGCGGCGACCUUGAAGCCAUCGAUCCUCUGAUUGGACGGCAGGCUCACACCUCUGCGCUGUGAUUGGCCCGUUAGGAUUGGUUGAACGAGUCCCAACGUCUUCACCCGCUAUUGGAUGUUGGCUCGUGAUGCCAUCUUGUACCGAGAACUGCGGCCCUGUCUUCGUGUUGCUGCUGCACCUAGACGACCUUCACCAACCCCCGCGCUGUCUACACGUAUCCUGCCCGUAGACUUCAGGGUGCGUCUAUCAACACCGGAGCAGGAUAAAGCCCUAGAAUUGCUGAGGGACUUUUUAAAGCCGAAGUUACCACCGCAGCCUCUACCGGCAUAUCUACCCUAUGCCAAGCCCAGCAGCGUUCAGCCUACAGACCCCCCGGAGUGCUGGCACCUCAGUAGUUCUCAGUUGGACUGUUUUAGAAGUCUGUUUGAACCUGGAAUCUGUCGGAACCCAUUCCAGGCCACAGCGUUACCCGCACCUCCGAUACAUGAAGAGUUAUUAGCGUUUACACCCAGCAAGAGGACUGGGACCAGCCAAGUCCCUGGAGGCGACAAAUCGGACAUGGAGCAGCACUUGGCAUUGAUGUUCGAGAAGUUAAGGGAUGAGUUGCCGAAUUUCUUAUGGAAGCCAGCAAACUAUUCGCUGUACAGGAAGGACAUGGAGUUUGUCAGCAGCAUGCUACACUUACACUUACGUGGUGUCGUAAAGUACCAGCUCUUUCUGACCAUCACUCGGCUGCUGCUCUUGUGUUACUUCACCAACUCGCGGAUCUCUGUGCUGAAGCUGACGUCUCAUCCUGAGAACAAUACCAUCCAGGCCCGCUGGUCGUUCUCCGGCCUCCCGCUGCACGCUCUCUUCCUGUACUUCUUCCGCACCCAGAAGAGUGAACUAUACAGGACCUAUGAUGCGUUCUCCACCUUCCAGCUCGCUCCUGAUGGUCUAAUAUGUCUACACAAGGUAGAACGGGUAAUGCCGUCUCCACCCGUCACUGUAUCCAAGAAGACUGUUUUGGUCGCCGCGCUGCUCGCUCUAGGCCUGGGAGAAGAUCGACCUGCUCUGAAUCUUCUUUCUAGCUCUAAAUUUCCCCAUGAACUGUGACCUCCAGCCCCUUUCCAGGGAAGGGUAUCCCCCCUCAUUGCACUGCUGCCCCUUAGCAAGUCCUAAAAUAAUACGGCUGAAAAGACAAUGGCAGCCUCCCCUUCAGUGGCCAUAGAGACAGAGUCACAGGAUACAGCUACAUAACAUCUACCUGCUCUAUUAGGAGUGUAACAACCUACCUUAUCUUUACAUGGGUGGAAUAAACCUGUGCCCAUAGUCUAAUCUACCAUCCUCAAGUUGUAGAGUCUUAUCUGUAUCAGAGCAUAACAGGAGGUCGGGUCCUCCCCCUGAAAUACUCUGCACUGCUGUGUCUGCAUGCGCAACCUUGAACUUGACUGUGGAUGUGUAACAUAUACUGUACAUAAUUAAAUUAUAACAAAGUG